AUAAAAAUCGGGUCAAAGUUACAGUUAGGAAAACACAAUGUGCAUUUUCUGGUCGUUAUAACAUACAUUAUCGACAUUUCAUUGUUUUAUCCAAAUUGAUUUAUGUAUUCACGAUGUGUUACAAUAACUGUCGUCCAACAGAAGAAUGUCCUCUAACAAAGAAUAGAAGUUAUAAACAUAAAUUAAGUAUGUACUGUGGAGAUGGUUUAAAAUUUAUUAUAAGCUGUUUUACCAUUUUGACCAUUUCUAUUACGACAACGUUAGUUUUACAAAUACUUUACGCAGAGAAAAAUCCUCAGGACUAUGCUGGAAUUCAUGGAGCAGUUGCAACUGAUUAUACAAAUUGCUCACAAAUUGGAACUAAAAUAUUAAGAAAGGGAGGUAAUGCAGUAGAUGCAGCUAUAGCAGCUACAGUUUGUAUGACAGUGGUAGCACCGCAUAAAACUGGUCUGGGUGGGGGUGGCUAUGUUAUGAUGUAUAGUCAUAAAGAACGAACUAAUCCAGUUAUUAUUGAUUUUGUCGAUGAUACGAUCGUAGGGUCAUUUGCACAAAGUAGAGUGCGUCUACCAGCUGUAUUAAAAGGAUUAGAAUAUGCACAUACCUUAAAAGGUAAAUUACCAUGGAGUGAAAUUAUUAAACCUUCUGUAACUUUAGCUAAAGAAGGAUUUGUUGUAUCAAAGGAAUUAGCAAGCGAAGUAUCAAAAAACGUUGAUUAUGAAAUUUUAUAUGGGCACCUUACUGCAGGGGAUAUAUUAAAAUUACAUGAUCUUGGUGAUAUGUUAACUGCUGUAGCACAACAGAGUGCUACUGUAUUGUAUAAUGGAACAUUUUCAGAGAACCUUUUACAUGACAAAGAUCAACUUCCAAAGUUGUUAAUACAAUUAGCAAAUUACAAACCCCGUGUAUAUUUAGCAAAAAAAUCUAGUUUUUAUAAGCAUGCCGUGUAUUAUGCUCCACAUAUGUCAUUGUUACAAUCAAUGAUUGUGUCAUUGAACAAUCUCAAUAUAUCCAAUGGAAAUGCAUCCACAAUAGAAACACAAAUUCGCGUAGCCAAAGCAUUGAUACAGUCGACAUUGACUCCAUUGCAACUACAACAAAAUGCCGAAGAAGAAAAAUAUACGGGCGUCAUGGCUAUGGAUUGGGAAGACACUUAUGUUUGUAUCGUAACAGGACUUAGCGCGCCGUUUGGUCUUGGAUACAUGUCAAAUGCAGGCUUUCUGCUAGAUAAGACUGAUACAAAUAAUAGUUUAUCUAUGCUCUCUCCAAUCAUUUUUUAUAACGAAAAAGCGGUAUGUGGCUUGCGAGGAGUAUUUGGAACAGAUGAUACAUUAAUCAUUGGACAAUUGUUAUAUAGUAUUAUAGUACGUAAUUUAAACAUUUCUGAAGCCAUUGAAUGUCCAAGGUACUAUUUCUCAUUGGAUGGGCUUGCUGUAGAAAGUGAUCAGAAACAUUCUGUGAGUAUCCAAUUACGAAAUCAGUUAAGCUCAAUGAUACCAGUACCAUACGUGGAUACGGAUCUAACAUCAAAAAGCGUGAAUGCAAUUAUAAAAAGGAAAGAUAUAAUGUCGAGUCAUUCAGAUAGCCGAGGAGGUGGUCUUGCAUCAAGAUUUUAAAGAUUUAUUCUUAAUUUUUUCUAUCAAAAAUAAUAUAUUCAAUGAUACGUAUUAUUUUAUAAACAUUAUUUUUUAAUUAUUUUCAUUUACUUAUUUUUACACCAUUUUUUAUACAAUAAAAGAUAUAAUAAAUUUGUCUAUGUUAUAUAUAAA